AUGCUUACGACGUCCGCCGUGCACCAACCAUCUCUGUACAAGAAGAGUCAGUGUGGACUCAAAACGGACGAGGACGCGAUGUACGAAGGACACCGACUGGCAGCACAGGGUGCCACACGGAAGUUGCACAUGACGACGGACGUCAGCAUGCAAACUCACCGACGUCAUCGACUCAAGUUCGGCUUCAGUGGUGGCGUCGUUGCUACCAGAGGUGGGGGCAUGUGGAAGGUGUUGGCGGACAACGUCAUCUUGAUGGCGAUGAACUUGACGAACCGGGGGCGCUCGAGCGUGGAGGUGACCAAGCGCGCUCGCACCCCAGGUGGACAAACUGGGCCAAUUCGCAAAGGAGGUCACUCGCGUCAGUCAGGAAGUCGGUACGGAAGGGCACUCGUGCUCGACGCGGAAGGCACCUGGCGCGAGCUCAUGGGCGUCAUCAACAAGCUCGCAGCGAACUUGACAAACCAGGUACGGUCCAUCGCCAAGGUCACCAAGGCAGUCGCGUUGGGCGACUUGUCCAAGCAGAUCGACGUCGAUGUGCACGGCAGUUGA